AUGUCUAUCUUCAGAAAGCUGGGAAUUGGUGAAGCAAGACCUACCACUGUUACGCUGCAAUUAGCUGACAGGUCCUACGCUCACCCAGAGGGCAAAAUUGAAGAUGUCCUAGUAAGGGUGGACAAAUUUAUAUUUCUAGUAGAUUUCAUAGUGUUGGACUAUGAAGCGGAUACGGAGGUGCCGAUUAUUUUAGGAAGACCCUUUUUAGCUACAGGCAGGACAUUGAUUGAUGUGCAAAAGGGGGAAUUGACAAUGAGAGUCCAUGAUCAGCAGGUCACUUUCAACGUGUUCAAAGUGAUGCGUUUUGCUGAUGAGGUGGAGGAAUGCUCAGCAAUUAAUGUUCUGGAUUCACUAGUGGCAGCAGAGUUUGAAAAGACAUGUGCUGAAAAAUUGAUGACAGAGGAGGACCUGAUGGAUUCUGAGGUUGAUGAGGACAACAAUGAUAGACAAAUAUCAUGGCUGGAGGGUAGGCAAGCAUCAACCAGAUCUAGGGGGCACUUCGAGUCAUUGGAAUUAUCAGAAAGGCCUUUAAAGCAAUAUAAGCCCUCGGUGGAAGAACCACCUGUUUUGGAACUAAGGCCUUUACCGGUACAUUUGAGGUACGCUUACUUGGGUGAUUCUGACACUCUUCCUGUAAUUAUUGCUUCUGGACUAAAUGGAAUGCAGGAAAUGCAACUACUGGAGGUGCUUAAGAAGUUCAAACAUGCGAUUGGGUGGACUAUCGCAGAUAUAAAAGGAAUUAGCCCAUCAAUCUGGAUGCAUAAAAUUUUGCUGCAGGAUUGCUGCAGCAAUUCGGUAGAGCAACAGCGAAGGUUGAAUCUGAUCAUGAAAGAGGUAGUGAAGAAAGAGCUCUUAGGUCAGCCCAGUUCAGUGGUACCCAAGAAAGGUGGAAUCACAGUGGUUCCAAAUGACAACAAUGAAUUGAUACCUACAAGAAUAGUAACUGGUUGGAGGGUAUGCAUGCUCUACAGGAAACUGAACAAGGCAACCAGGAAGGACCAUUUUCCUUUGCCAUUCAUUGACCAGAUGCUUGAUAGGUUGGCUGGGAAGGAAUACUACUGUUUCUUAGAUGGAUACUCAGGCUAUAACCAGAUUGCUAUAGCACCAGAGGACCAAGAAAAGACCACCUUCACCUGUCCGUAUGGGACGUUUGCUUUUCAAAGGAUGCCUUUUGGACUUUGUAAUGCUCCAGCGACUUUUCAAAGAUGUAUGAUGUCUAUUGUCACCGACAUGGUGGAGAAAUCGCUGGAGGUCUUUAUGGAUGAUUUCUCAGUGUUCGGAGACUCCUUUGGGGAUUGUCUAACAAAUUUGGAAAGAGUCUUAAUGAGGUGUGAGGAAACCAAUUUGGUUCUCAAUUGGGAAAAAUGCCACUUCAUGGUACAAGAAGGCAUUGUCUUGGGUCAUAAGGUUUCCAAUAAAGGCAUCGAGGUGGACAAAGCAAAAAUUGAAGUCAUAGACAAACUACCACCGCCAACAUUAGUGAAGGGAAUUAGGAGUUUUCUGGGCCACACAGGUUUUUAUAGGCGGUUCAUAAAAGACUUUUCAAGAAUAUCUAAACCGUUAUGCAGUUUGCUGGAGCAAAGUCAGCCGUUUGAGUUCAAUGGCGAUUGUCAUCAAGCAUUUUUGGAAUUAAAGAAGCGUCGGAGCAGUGGACAUGCUGCCGAGUCUAGUAGAAGGGGUCAAGAUGAGGGAAUGGUUAACUCCCUCCGCAUGUUGGAAGAGCGAAUCACUCUCCAGGAAAUUCAGCAGGCUCAAAUGUUGGAAAUGCUGUAG